GGUCACACCCCCGGCCCGGCCGCGUCCCGGUGCCGCUCCGCCCCGUGGGGUCCGGCCCGGCGUGCGGUGGGUGCAGCUGCGGCUGCGUUGGAGCCGCUUCCUGGUUGGCGGCGGGAAGAUGGCGAUGGCGAGCGGCGGGGACGGCGGGAUGCGCAACCCCGAGCCCUGGGCGGACCUGAUGGCGCGGCUCACCUGCCCCGUGUGCCUCGAGGUGUUCGACAGCCCCGUCAGGGCGCCCUGCGGACACGUGUUCUGCACGCCGUGCCUGCAGCAGUGCCUGAAGCCGAAGAAGCCGCUGUGCGGUGUGUGCCGCGGCGCGCUGAGCGCGGGCAGCAGGGCGCUGGACCUGGAGCAGCUCAUAGAGAGCACCGAGACCAGCUGCAGCGGCUGCGGCAAGAAGAUGUUCCUCUCAAAGAUGCGCAGCCAUGCAGCCUCCUGUGCAAAGUACCAGAAUUACAUAAUGGAAGGUGUGAAGGCUGUAACUAAAGAACCACUUCACAAUGCCAGGAACUUCCCAAAUCGCUUUACCUUUCCUUGUCCGUACUGCAGUGAGAAAAACUUUGAUCAAGAAGGACUAGUUGAACACUGCAAAACAUUGCACAGCAUGGAUGCAAGACAAGUGGUUUGCCCAAUUUGUGCCUCAAUGCCAUGGGGAGAUCCAAAUUACAGGAGUGCUAACUUCAUGGAGCACCUUCAGAGGCGACACCGGUUUUCAUAUGAUACUUUUGUGGAUUAUGAUGCUGAUGAAGAUGAUAUGAUGGCACAGGUUUUGAUGCGUUCUUUGCGGGAUAAAUAAAUUUUUUAAAAGUGAAAGACUAAUUGUCAAACCAACUUUCCAAUGGGGGAGAAGUGCCCAGCGUCCUUGCACUUCUCCGUGUACGUCCCAAGAUGAGCUCAGGCAACCAGAAAUAUGGAAGACUUCUAAAUCUUGGUUUCAAUUCCCUGUUGGAUGUCUGUAUCAUUUGGUCUUCUGUUAACCACAUAAGUUUAAUUUUCUUAUUUGCUUCACACAAAGCUUAAUUGUAGGUCAGCAUGGAGGAGACUGUCUUUUUUCCCUUCACCUACGCCUGUUUUCUGAUGAGUUAUUUUUUCCAGUUGUCUUCAUUUGACUCUAAAAGCAGAAAUAUUCUAGACUGAAUGGUCCAAACUAGUUGGUAAAUUUCACCUCCUAAUCUUGUUUACAUUUCUUAAGUGAUAGUAUAAGAGGUGUAUUUGUAUCUGUUUUUCUUAAGUGAGACCUCUAGGUGCUAACUGUAAUUGUCAGAUCAGUUCUCAUUCAAAGUGGCCUCUGCAUGUGAUUUCAUGUUUCGCAGUAUUUGAGCUCUUACAGGCAUUUUCUCAGUUACGUGGAAAACAGGUUUUUAGUAUGAGCCUUCAAACUACGAAUUUCCUUAGCAAAUAUUUGCAGCUAUGUAAGAAAAUAGUUCAGAAUAUUUUAGUUCUACAUCUGAUUAUUUUGUUUCACACUUUGACCAUCAUUUCAAGCCUGGAAGAUAAAACUUUUGUGUUAGUUCAACUGCGAUAGCAAAUAUUAAUCAUAUCUACUGGCUUUGUGAUUCAAUUAGUGUUUUUAGAAAUGGUUUUCUAGAUUUCUUAAGUACUAUGUUCACAAGAGAAUUCAGAAAAAAUUUCAAUCUCUGCCUUAUUUUAAUAUAUGCAUUUGUAGUUGUUCCAUCCCUCAAAGCAGACUGGAAGUAAAACUUAGAUUCCGUAGCACUUGCACAGCUCUACCUUUAUGCAUUAAGAUGCAUAGAUUUUAAGAAGUAUUUUGAAUUUCUCUUCUUCAUUUAAAUGUUGCUAAAGCUGUGCUUAGACUGUGUUUUCCAUGUAUUAUGUAUAUAUAGCAUGCAGGUAUAGCUUUCAAAGAAAAAGUAACAAGAAAGCAGGAUGACUGUUCCCUUAUGUGAAAAAUGGAUACUCGAUAUUCAAUUAUACACUUUCACUAUAGAGCUUCCUUGUAACAUUUUAACUGCACAAUCAUGAUGUUGAGAUCUAGCAAUCUGAGACACCUGAACAGAACCUGUAAAUCAGAGUGGUAUUGAUAUCUUGUGUAAUUUAACUUUUCAUACUUAAUUGGAGCAGUGAACCUGUACCACCACAGAAUGGAGUACUAAUUAAUUCAAUUGAAAAUAAAUAAAAUAACAUCUUCAUACCCUGCAGACCGCAGCGAAGCCUUACCCUUACUAAAUGAACCCCAGCUAAAACCAUAUGAUUAAACUUUGUGUUCAGCAAGACCUCUAACAUAUUUAGCAUGUUUUUAGUAUGUUUUCCCAGACUUUGAACAGGCUACUUAUAGAUUCAGCCUUAAGCAUAUGCUUGGUGAACAGAAUUUCACUCUUAGCAAAAAUACGGCACUGUGGGGAAAAAGUACUUUGUUUUGGAGUUGAUUAUUUCUAAUUCUUGAUCUGUGAAAAGAUGACCAUGUUGGUGGCUGAGUGGAGAUUUCUGGAAUCUGGCUAGAAUGGAGUUUUGUGGUGCAAAUUGACCUAAAUCUUGAUUUCUGCUGCUAUUUGAAGUGCACUUCCAUGCAAUUUAGAUUAAAUGUUUAAGAAGCACUUUGAAGCUUCUGAACAAUUAUUUUGUUGUGUUUUUCGAAUUUUGAAGACAAGUUAUAAAUAAAGUUCAUUUAAUUUAUAGAAUUCUA